CCGACCUGUUCACCUGGCCGUGCUGCUGCUCCAGUUUCAACUGUUCCGCCUGCGGCUAUGGAACCCCGACCUGUUCACCUGGCCGUGCUGCUGCUCCAGUUUCAACUGUUCCGCCUGCGGCUAUGGAACCCCGACCUGUUCACUGUGAUUACUAUUACGUGACCAUGCUGGUCAUUUAUGAACAUUUGAACAUCUUGGCCAUGUUCUGUUAUAAUCUCCACCCGGCACAGCCAGAAGAGGACUGGCCACCCCUCAGAGCCUGGUUCCUCUCUAGGUUUCUUCCUAGGUUCUGGCCUUUCUAGGGAGUUUUUCAUAGCCACCCCUCAUAGCCUGGUUCCUCUCUAGGUUUCUUCCUAGGUUCUGGCCUUUCUAGGGAGUUUUUCAUAGCCACCCCUCAGAGCCUGGUUCCUCUCUAGGUUUCUUCCUUGGUUCCAGCCUUUCUAGGCAGUUUUUCCUAGCCACCCCUCAGAGCCUGGUUCCUCUCUAGGUUUCUUCCUAGGUUUUGGCCUUUCUAGGGAGUUUUUCCUAGCCACCCCUCAGAGCCUGGUUCCUCUCUAGGUUUCUUCCUAGGUUUUGGCCUUUCUAGGGAGUUUUUCAUAGCCACCCCUCAUAGCCUGGUUCCUCUCUAGGUUUCUUCCUAGGUUAUGGCCUUUCUAGGGAGUUUUUCAUAGCCACCCCUCAGAGCCUGGUUCCUCUCUAGGUUUCUUCCUAGGUUUUGGCCUUUCUAGCGAGUUUUUCCUCGCCACCGUGCUUCUACACCUGCAUUGUUUGGGGUUUUAGGCUGGGUUUCUGUUCAGCACUUUGAGACAUCAGCUGAUGAAAGAAGGUCUAUAUAAAUACAUUUGAUUUGAUUUGGAACGGUCAUUUCGACACUAACAGCUUACAGACGGUAGGCAAUUAAGGUCACAGUUAUGAAAACUCAGGACACUAAAGAGGCCUUUCUAUGGACUCUGAAAAACACCAAAAGAAAGAUGCCCAGGGUCCCUGCUCAUCUGCGUGAACGUGACUUAGGCAUGCUGCAAGGAGGCAUGAGGACUGCAGAUGUGGCCAGGACAAUAAAUUGCAAUGUCCGUAUUGUGAGACGUCUAAGACAGAGCUACAGGGAGACAGGACGGACAGCUGAUCAUACAUUUGAUUUGUUUACUUUAUUAUGAUCCCCAUUAGCUACUGUGUAACGGAUGUGGAAAUGGCUAGCUAGUUAGCGGCGUUGCGCGCUAAUAGGGUUUCAAUCGGUGACGUCACCUGCUCUUAGACCUUGAAGUAGUGGUUUCCCCUUGCUCUGCAAGGGCCGCGGCUUUUGUGGAGCGAUGGGUAACGAUGCUUCGUGGGUGUCAGUUGUUGAUGUGUGCAGAGGGUCCCUGGUUCGAGCCCGGGUGGGGACGGACCAAAGUUAUGCUGUUACAAUUACAUUACAAAUGUGUUUUUUUUUUAAAUUAUGUCAUUGCAUAGAGAAAAGUACUGGUAAGAAGUAAGAGAAAACAUGAGCUCUGGUUGUUUUGCAAUGACUUACGACAGAAUCAACAACGUAGUGAAUAUUUAAACUGCGUUACUCCAGCCAGCAGAUGGCGACUUAAGUCUUCCAGUUGAUGCCUCUUGCGUGACGUAUAAUCUAGUGGACGGGACGCUUUUUCAACAGCAACAAGCCUAUUGAUUCAACCACUUCGCUAGCCAAAUAAAAACCCAAAUAUUGACGUUUCUUUGGCAAUUUUUUCGUAUAUUAAUCUCGGUGAUUUAAAAACAACUAUGUUUAUGUAUCUAUGUAUCUACUGGUUUACUUGAAUGUAAUUUGCUUGGUAACUUUGCAAAAAACGUGUUCAAUUUGAUACUGAGUCUAGCACAAGGCUUGUCGCUAAUGCUAACUAGCUAACGUCCCUGACCAUGAGCUCACUAAGCUACUCCCCUCCUGCUAAAGAAGAGGAUGUCUACUGGACGGAGAAAGAAGCUCUGGGGCUGAACAUUAUUGUAAAAGAAGAAGAGGAGGUCUACUGGACGGAGAAAGAAGCUCUGGGGCUGAACAUUAUUGUAAAAGAAGAAGAGGAGAAUAUUACAGUGAAAGGAGAGGAAGAAGCUUUCAGAAUAAAACAGGAGGAAGAGGAGGCUGUUACAGUGAAAGAAGAGAAGGAACAUUUUGGAGAGGAAGAGGCAGAGGAGGCUCUCACGUUUAAAGAAGAGGAGGAUGUUACGUUGAAAGAAGAGGAAGAACCUUUUGGAGUGGAAGAGGAGGCUAUCUCAAUAAAAGAGGAGGAGGAAGACGUAUUGGGGGUGGAGGAAGAGGAGACAGAAGAUCUGAUUAACAUCAGAGAGAGACCAGACUCUCACUCUGACAGCGAGAAGAGUCCUUCAGGGGAACCAGAGCCAGAGACGCCCAAACGAGCAGGACCACACCACUGCUCUCAAUGUGGAAACAGUUUUUCUACAUUAGGGAAUCUAAAACGUCAUGAGAUGGCACACACAGGAGAGAAGCCUUUCCAAUGUUCCCAGUGUGAUAAGAGUUUUACCCAGAUAGGGAGCCUGAAAAGGCAUGAAGGAAUACAUAAAGAAGGGAGGAAGACAUACCACUGCUCUCAGUGUGGAAAGAGAUUUACUCAGUUAGGUAGCCUGAAAACACACAAGACAGUACACACAGGAGAGAAGCCUUUCCAAUGUUCCCAGUGUGAUCAGAGUUUUACCCAGAUAGGAAACCUGAAUAGGCAUGAAGGAAUACACACUGGAGAAAAGCCCUACCAAUGCUCCAAGUGUGAAAAGAGAUUUUUGCGAUCACAGUACCUAAAAUCACAUGAGAUGACACACACAGAGGAAAAGUAUUUCCACUGCUACCACUGUGGAAAGAGCUUUACUCAGUUACGGAGCCUGAAAAGACACAAGAGGACACACACAUGUGAAAAGCCCUACCACUGAUCCCACUGUGGAAAUAGUUUUACUCAGUUAGGGAGCCUGAAAAUGCAUACGAGAAGACACUCUGGAGGAGAAGACAUACCACUGCUCUCAUUGUGGAAAGAUAUUUUCCCAGUCAGAGGACCCAGAAGUCACAUGAGAGAAUAGAGAGGCUGUGUUCUGACUUAGUAUUUUUGACUGAGAAUUUGUGUUUUUGGUUAUGCCACAUUAAAUCAUAUUGUUUAUAAUAAAUUAGUCUAUUCCCUUA